AUGGCACCCAUCCGUCGCUACCUUCGAAUUAGUAAAUAUUCUGUUCUCGAGUGUCGCAUAUAUCUAGAAAACCCAUCGGACACACGAUGGCUUCUUGAUCCUCGUGAUCCCAUUCUCCCUCGGGUGUUCGCUGCGAUUCGACCUUUAGUCCUGCCAAAGCUGCGUGAGGAAAAUGAGCGCAUGUUCGCAAAGAAAAAAAGCAAGGCAGUCAAGGAUGUUAUUGUUGAAGAUGAGUUUGAAGUCGGCAUCUUCCUUCGGGAGUCGCGUACUCGUCAUUCGCUCUUAACGCGUCAAAAAUCAUUCGACAAGUCUUACAAAUCAAAGGACCCUGGAGAACUCAAUGUGGGAAUAGAGCCUGGCAACCCCAAUAACGCGCAUAUUAUCAUAGGGAGCGAUAGCGAUAAUGAUCCCGACUUUGAUAUGGGCGACAUUCCACAUGCCGAAGAUGAUAGUGGGGCAGAAGAAAGCUUAUCCAGGAGGAAGAAGUUAGUGAAGACAAACACAGCCGAGGAGGCAGGCGAUGAGAAGAAAAUGGGCUUCGAAACCCACUAUGAAAGCUUCAAUAUCUGGGGCUGGGUGCUGUGUUUGAUCAUCUCCCGCAAGGGCGACAAGCCAAGAGCAACAAGUGUUGGGACAGCGGCACUGGUGCAACCUCUGAUGGAGGAAUGGAUCUCUACCCAAGUACAGACUGGGAUUGACGAGGAUUGA